AUGAAAGUCGUGGAUAAUUUGGCCGACUCACAGGCCGGAGAUACUGAGGACAAAAAAUCAACUGAAGAGCUGCUACAGGCGGCUCAGAUUGAAAGAGAAGAUGACAGUAAAACCCAGACUUCUCUUACUGUGAGGAUGUGGGUAAUCAGUGUUAUCUUCUCGCUGAUAGGUUGUGGAUUGAACACCCUUUUCACCCUUCGAAACCCAUCCAUCAGUAUUGAUAAGCCAACCGCCCUGUUGUUAGCGUUUCCUGCUGGGCGGCUUUGGGAUAUCUGUGUCCCUAACUACUCUAUAACGAUUUAUGGGACGCAUUUCUCGUUAAACCCCCAUCCGUUCAAUACAAAGGAACACGUCUUGAUAUACGUUAUGGUGAACAUCACAUUUUUUACCCGGAUGACAGCGGACCUCAUCGUGGAACAGAAACACUUCUUUGGCUUGGAUUCAGGAUGGGCGUACGAAGUACUAAUGAUAUUGUCGCUGUUUUUGAUAGGCUUUGCCUUCGCCGGUCUCACUCGACAGGUACUCGUGGAGCCUCGUCACCUCAUCUGGCCUGGACUUCUCAGUUCAACGGCGUUGAUUUCGACUCUCCAUGGCCGCGUGACCUCUACCUCAGAGGGAGGGAAAUCACAUGGGAGGCUUUCGGCUUUUUCAUUCUUUUGUAUAAUGUUCACUGCUUCGUUCGUCUGGUAUUGGCUGCCAGAUUUUCUCUUUCCUGCAUUGAGUUAUUUCAACUUUCCUUGCUGGGUUCGACCGCAUAGCCCGGUAGUGAAUCAAGUCUUUGGAGUGUCCAGUGGCAUGGGCCUCUUGCCUCUGACCUUUGAUUGGAGUCAGGUGGCCUACAUUGGAUCACCGUUAGUGGUCCCAUUGUGGGCCAUUGUCAAUGUUGCCGUGGCGCUUGUUGUGUGGAUUUACGCCGUUUCUACGGCAUUAUACUAUAAAAAUGUUUGGAACACCGCAUAUCUUCCCUUCCAGAGCACUUCAAUUUUCGACAACACGGCUGCGACAUACAACGUGAGUAGAAUACUCAGCGACAAUACUAACUUCACGUUGGACGUUUCAAAAUAUGAGGACUACUCACCGGUAUUCAUGCCUAUCACAUACGCGAUGAGUACAUUCGGUUUGGCCAUUGCGACCUUGGCUUCGCUGAUAGUCUGGGUUAUUUUGGAACAUUGGGAUUCUGUCUCCUUGCCCUUCAAGGGGCUGCGCAAUCUGCACCGGAUCUUCAGCAGAAGUGGGCGCACUGACAGGGUGACCAGGAGUACGAGUGACGUGCCGGUCUUGUGGUAUAUCAUCUCGUUAUUUCUUGGACUGUUCCUAGCAGUUUUUUCGGUGGAGUAUUGGCGCAUUCAGUUACGGUGGUACGGAGUCCUCUGCGCCUUUGCUAUUGGUGCAGUAUUUUAUUUCCCGGUAACACUGAUCUAUGCAAACGCCAAUAUCAAGGUCGGCGUCGAGUCAUUAUGUCGGAUCAUAGGAGGUCUCCUCUGGGAGGGGAAGGUGCUUGCCAAUGUCUGGUUUGUUGGCCUGGGGUACACCACCAUUUUAGAUGGUCUAUCAUUCUCCCAGGAUAUGAAGCUCUCUCUCUACUAUGGUAUUUCUCCACACGAGGUCUUUGUAGCUCAGAGCGUCGGGAUCAUCAUCGGCACACUAGGUCAAGUCGCUGUCGUGAACUGGGCCCUCGGACACAUUAAAGGCAUCUGCACAACCGAGGCGAUAAAUGGGUUCUCGUGUCCUUACUCGCGGACUAAUUUCAAUACUAGUGUUAUCUGGGGCGCGAUCGGCCCGCGGCGCUUUUUCUCACCAGAGUCUGGUUAUAGACACCUAUUCUACCUGUCGAUCAUAGGGGCUAUACUACCAGUUUUCGUGUAUCUGCUAAAGCGAUGGUACCCGGGAUCCUUCUGGAAGAGUGUCAGUGUUCCUUUACUCCUUGGUGGCCUGAACUACAUGCCGCCCGCCAGUGGCAUGAAUUACGGAAGCUGGGCUGUUGUCGGGUUGAUCUUCGGAUAUUUUGUGCGCAAGCGCUAUAACGGCUGGUGGCGCCGCUAUAACUUUAUCCUCAGUAGUUCGCUAGAGACGUCCGUGUCUUUAGCUGGCGUGGUGAUCUUCUUUGCGGUGUAUUAUCCAAGCGUGUCGGAUCGUGUGGCAUGGUGGGGAACAGAUGUCUACAAGAACACUUGUGACUGGUUGGGAUGCCCGUAUCUGUCGCUUCAGCCGGGCGCGAAGAUUCCAUAAGCAUGCUUUGUUGACCGUUGUUCCCCGAUUGACAACAACUUGGUGGAACGUGAUGUCCGGUAGUUCCGAGAUUCAUAGCAGUUGCGGAGCUCAGGAACGCAGGGUGGUUACCAGCACUGGAUGCUCUGACUUCCUGGCUCCACGGUUUUCUGUUCGUUUCACAUCUUGCAAGAUUGCGAACUGUCAUCUGAGAAUU